CAUGGAUUCAACCUUAUGUACGGGCUAAUAUCUAACUAAACGGAUAUUAUACCGUCAACUCACAAACCCCUCCAUCCGUAUCUUCUAUAGCCAAGGCGGGGUUGUAUGUUGAAUUUUUUAUUCUUAUUUUUUGAAAUUUUAUUUUUCAAGACGCCUUCUUUCUGAAACUUCAAGUAACACUACUGACUUUCAACUAUCGUAAUAAUGGCUCAACAAAAGGUUCUUAUGCUCGGUGCUGGUUUUGUCACUAAACCUACACUUGAUAUCCUUUGUGACGCUGGUAUUCCGGUCACUGUUGCUUGCCGGACACUUGAAAAGGCCAAGAGUCUUUCCGAGGGUGUUAAGAAUGCCACUCCUAUCUCCCUCGACGUUGCAGACGAUAAGGCUCUUGAUGCUGAGGUAGCAAAGCAUGACUUAGUCAUCUCUCUUAUUCCCUACACAUUCCAUGCCACAGUUAUCAAGAGUGCCAUCAGACAGAAGAAGCAUGUCGUCACAACCAGCUAUGUCUCUCCAGCCAUGUUGGAACUCGACCAGCAAUGCAAGGAUGCUGGAAUCACAGUUAUGAAUGAGAUCGGCUUGGACCCAGGUAUCGACCAUCUAUACGCCAUCAAGACCAUCUCUGAGGUUCAUGAAGCCGGUGGGAAGAUACUGUCGUUCCUAUCCUAUUGUGGUGGAUUACCUGCACCAGAGGACUCUGGUAACCCUCUUGGAUAUAAGUUCAGCUGGUCAUCUCGUGGUGUCUUAUUGGCUCUGCGAAACGCUGCUAGCUACUACCAGGGGGGCAAGGUCGUCAAUGUUGCUGGCCCCGAACUCAUGGCUGAAGCCAAGCCCUAUCCGAUCUAUCCCGGAUUCGCAUUUGUUGCCUAUCCCAACAGAGAUUCCACGCCAUACAAGGAGCGAUACAACAUCCCUGAGGCAGAGACUAUCAUCCGUGGCACUUUGAGAUAUGCUGGCUUCCCGGAGUUUAUCAAGCUACUUGUUGACCUGGGGUUCCUUAGCGAUGACGAGAACAGCGCCCUGAAUGAAGCCAUCACAUGGAAGGAGGCUACCCAGAAGAUUCUUGGAGCUUCGGGAAAUGGGGAGCAAGAUUUGAUCCAAGCCAUUGCUAGCAAGGCUACCUUUAAGGACGACAAACAGAGCGAGCAACUUUUAGCAGGACUUAAGUGGAUUGGACUGUUUUCCUCAGAGAAGAUAAUCCCCAAGGGCAACCCACUUGACACACUAUGCGCUACCUUGGAGAAGAAGAUGCAAUUUGAGGAAGGCGAGCGUGACCUGGUCAUGCUUCAACACAAGUUUGAGAUCGAACAUAAGGAUGGCAGCAAGGAAACUCGAACCUCGUCCUUGUGCGAAUACGGUGCACCAACUGGAUCAGGAGGCUACUCGGCUAUGGCCAAGCUUGUUGGAGUUCCAUGUGCCGUUGCUGUCCAGCAAGUCCUCAAUGGCACUAUCUCCGAUAAGGGUGUCCUCGCGCCCAUGUCUCCCCGAAUCAACAACCCCUUAAUAAAGGAGUUGAAGGAGAAAUACGGCAUCGAGUGCAAAGAAAAGGUCAUUGCAUAGAGGGUUAGGAUGAAUAUAAACGAAUUCACAUGAGAGAUGCGGUCCGGACUACGGUAAGUUUAGAGACUUGCAGGGUUGAGGCCAACGGGAUCGGUUCUGAGAGAAAAUGGUAUCAUGGUGCAGGGAAAAGACGAGCUUGAAGAAAAGUUUUUCGUAUCUAACUAUCUCGUGUUCCUACUACAUAUAGAGAUAGAUACGUAUGACUCUUAUGCUUAAUAGACAAAAUAUUUAAAAGGUCAGUAGACCGGUAUCGGCUCUAAUUGUUCAU